CAGAGCUCUGUAUCUGUUAAGUCAAAAGUCGUAUUAGUUUUGGAUUUGACUGACACAACUACUGGCAAAUGUACAACUUCAAUCUAUAAUGGGUUACAGACGUGAAGAUUUUGUUGAAAAGGUCGAUGAAAAUCUGAUUUGUUUAAUAUGUCAUGAAGUUCUGGCGGACCCUCAGCAAUGUAAAGAAGGGCAUAUUUUCUGUAAAGAGUGUAUAAAAGCAUGGUUGAAUCACAAAUGCAGAUGCCCCAUGGAUAACACAGCACUAAGAUUCGAAAGUCUUAUGCCGAGCGUGUUUGCUAAAAACAUAAUACAAAACCUUAAAGUCUUUUGUCACCAACCAGGUAAUGAUGCACAAGUGGCAGAUACUGCAGAGAAAUGUAAUUGGUCCGGGAAGCUAUUGGCACUAGCGGACCACAGAAAAACUUGUCCUUUCCAACAAAUACAAUGUUCUAAUGUGAACUGCAACACAAAAAUGCAGAGAAGGGAAUUGGAAGAUCAUGACAAGAUAUGCAAAUAUAAAGAGCUGGAAUGUGAGAAAUGCAAAAAAGUUCUGCUCCGACAUAUGCUCAUAGUGCACAAAAACAAUGACUGUCCUGAAGAGAUGGUGCCAUGUCCCAACCGCUGUACAAGUCCACAAAACGGACAAAUCAGCAAGAUUAAAAGAAUUGACCUAGGCUGGCAUAUGGAAAAUGAGUGUGCCAAGACAAUACUGGAUUGUCCAUUCAAGGAUCAGGGAUGUUCAGUCCAAGUUGAACGACAACAUGUCGAUAAACACGCACAAGACAACAUGGCUGCACAUAUGAUGUUACUGGCCAAACAAUGUUCAUUGCUCACUAAAGAUAACAAACAACUGAGGCAGGAAUUAAACCAACUUAAGGUUUCGUCUGGUGACUAUGGUGUUGUUGCUACCGCUCUCUACGAUUACCAAGCAAGUAAGACGUUAGUUGCCCUCAGUUGUGCAGCCUUUAUUUAACUCUGAUCAAAUCCGUCUAAGAAUCAGAGCAAGAUUCCUUAAAUUUAUUCCCCCCUUUAAUUUGCAUGAUUAUAUAUAAAGUCAUCAAUUCAAAGGACGUUGUCGACCGGCUCAAAUUUAAGCGACUGAACCUUUUUUGAGAUCAU